GACCAGAAAAAAAUGAAAGAGCUGGAACAGAAGCUUCAGGAGGAAGAACACGCGAGGAAGCUUGUUCAGGAAAAAGCAGCUGAGCUUCAGACAGGCCUGGAAACCAACAGACUACUGAUUCAGGCAGCAUCACCGUUGCUUUCUCCAAAAGCAAGAAAACCCAGGAAGAAGAGUAAGCAGCCAGAGAAGAAACGCUCUCUUACAGGCCAUCUCGCUGCACAGCCCCAUUACAGACUGCAUCUGGGUGAUGUACCCUUUGUAGCGGGGAAGUCUACCAGCCCCAGCCAUUCAGUGGGUGCCAACGUGCAACACGUCCUACACCUGAUGAAACAACACACGAAGGCUUUGUGUAACAGCCGUGUGGUCAAUGAGACUCCGCUCGCGACACCCGUCGGUACUGGCCAUCCUGCCAGCAAAAGCAGGAAGUCAUCUCUGCCGAAGGACUCCUCCUCCUCCCAGGAAGAGCUCUCGGAAGUGUUGCUGACUUUGCAAGACGAAUUUGGACAGAUGAGUUUUGACCACCAACAGCUGGCAAAGCUUGUCCGGGAAGCCCCAACCAUUGCAGUGAGGGAAGAUCUGGAGAGGGAACUCGAGGCGCUGGUGGGAAAGAUGGAAGCAAAGGCCGACCAGAUCAGCAAGGUCCGGAGACAUCGGUUGCAGCUGGAGAGACUGAAGAGGGAAUGCAAGCCCAAGAAGACUUCUGCCAGGCCAGUGAGAGACAGCAGGUUCCCCGUCAGUGAGGUUAAGGUAACGACUACCGUAACCACAAAAGGAAAGAACGCCGGGCCCAUCAAAGUGAAACCUGGAGAGAAGAGUCGGAGGAAUCUUCAGUUGUUGAGGGACAUGCAGACCAUCCAGACCUCGCUGCAGAGGGAUGAUAUCUGCUGGGACUACUGA